AGGAAAAUCUCGCAUAAAAUCCAGGCGAGUGAUCUUCUAGUCCUCAGUUGCUCUUCACUUUCCGUCUCACUCAUUCCUUGAGCAGCUUGAAGAGGAGGACGCCUUGCUUUCUUUCUUACUUCCGUUUCUGCUGACACAACCAUUUACGAACUCAAAAUCAGCAAAGUAUAUUUUUCCUUGUCGGAUAAAUUCAUCCCUUUGGACAACUUUGGUAACUAGGAUUACGCUGCAAAGAAAGUUCAUCACCAUUUGUGAGGAUGAAUCCAGACGAUGAAGAUUCCUUCGGGAUGGAAUUAUCUCAAACCUCUAAAAGUGAAGGGAAUUUCUCCAUCAGCCUCAACACAAGCGAGACAAUCUUUACAGGGAGGGACGAAAACCUGGCCAAAGUUGAGAUCGCAACGCUAUCUCUAAUUCUCAUUUUUUGCAUUUUUGGGAAUGGCUUGAUGUUGAUCGCUCUCCGAAAGAUUCUGGAAUAUAGGCCGAUGUCACCCAUGUAUUUCUUCAUGUUAAAUUUGAGUAUUGCCGAUCUAUUCGUAGCUUUUGGCAAUGUCUUACCACAGAUAGCAUGGGACGUAACCUUCAGGUUCAAAGGGACCGAUUUACUUUGCCGUCUGGUUAAGUUUCUUCAAGUCUUUGUUCUCUAUUUGUCCACAAAUGUAGUGACUUCGAUGGCGAUUGAUCGUUAUCUGGUUGUCUGUCACCACAACAUUUCUUUGGGUCGCUACUACCGCAAUCUCUUUGGGCCUAAAAUUCUCGUCAUUUCAUCCUACGUUAUCUCAUUUAUUUUAGCCAGCCCCCAGGCGUUCAUCUUUAGCAUGAAGGAUAUUAAGGAGACACCUGGUCAGGUCAUUUUGGACUGCUGGGUGAAAUUUGAGGAGCCCUGGGGAGCCAAGGCAUACGUCACUUUUUUUGUCACGUUUGCAUUUGCAAUCCCAAUGCUAAUCAUUUGCUUUAGUUACGGUUGUAUAUGUUUCAAAGUCAUCCGCUACCGACUACCACAAGAAUCAAAAUCAGAAAUACGGUCAACGGACAAGGACCAACCUCCAAUGUCAUCCACCUCGAACAAAAGCGAGAUCGACACACAAAUUACACUCGAGAUGAGGAAUAAAAAGGUUCAAAGGAAUGCUCUUCAACAUCAAAUAAGUCAAGCAAAGAUCAAAACUUUGAAGCUUACCCUGGCAGUGGUCGUCUGUUUCUUUGUGUGCUGGUGUCCAUUUUGCGUAACACAACUGGCGACGGUAUACAGCUCGCAGAAUGUUGGGCCAGCACAUGUCAUUUUGCUGCUGCUUGCUAGCCUAAAUUCAUGCACUAAUCCAAUCCUAUAUCUGGCCUUUAGCGAAUCGCUAUGCAACCAACUUCGGAUUUUCCUGGGACUCGGUUUGAAGAGGGGGUCGAAUGAAGAUAGUAUUGGAGACGAGGCGAGACCAGCAUCGCAAGAGGGGAUUGAUCUUCCAAAAAUGAACUUAAUUCAAGAGGUUCCGUUUCAUACAUCCCUUGGAAGAAAUUCUUCUCCUUUCGGACACUGUGGUGAUAAUAAACCAGAAACGAAAUCAGAUUUACUUUGAAGAGAGAAACGCUUGAACACAAAUUCUACUCGAAACGAAAGCGAGAAAAAGGAGCACGUCAAUCUGACCAUCAGAAUGUGUAAAAGAAGCAGUCGAUGAGACGGUGUCUCAAUUUCCCAGAGUACUAAGAAUUCAAUUCAUUCAACCAACUUGUCAAAACCCCAGUCUAAAACACAUUUUACCUUAUAUUUAAGCACAUUUCGUGCUUUGUUUGUUUGAACCACAGGUUUAACUAUGUACAUGCAUGUAUUACGAAGUCGCAUUUCUUUUUACCAACACACCUUUGUAAAUACUCGUAUCAUGUUCAAAGAGCUAAAAAACCUUCUCUACCAGAAUGUUUAUAUUUGUUGUUUGAUAUUCUACACUAACACUAUUAAUUAUGGCUAAAAUGUAAGUGGAUGGAAAUGACGAGAUAUAAAUAAUGUAACACAGUAUGUAAUUAAUUAUGUCAUUGUAAACGUUCAAGAUUCAACUCACAAAUGGACGAAAUCAUGCAUCCGAUAUUGUUAUAUUACAAACCGAAUUAUUAUGAUAUAAUAUACCUCUGUGCUCUAAUUACUAUAAUUCAAAACCUUGAUGUCCUUGUAAGUUCUAUGCUUAAAUUGUUGUAGUUUGAAGUUCUCAUGUAUAAUCUGUGUAUAAAAAAUAAUAAAACAUUAAUCAUGCAUAAACGUUA